AUGACACCCAUCCAACCUCAGUCACUUGCGCCGUGGUUCGCCUCGACGCAGCCCAUGGCGCCGCCGGCCGAGGAGGACACUCCCGUGCCCAGCAAAUCGGCAGAACUUCUUCUUUCGCCGUCUUCCCCACCAACCUCGUCAGGUCACAGCGCUAUCAUGCCCACCACCCGGCUGCCCUUUACAGGGCCAAGUCUUUCUAGCGGCGACGGAGGCGGUGACGAGGGGGAAGUAUCGCCUUCGAAGCUAUCCCCAUUCCCCCAUCGGCUGCAAAAGGGCAAACCGCGCGGUUUGUCGCUUCUCAUUCCGGAUCGACCGGCACCGCAGAUUAUCGCCGAGACGAGGGCGACGACUUCCUCUUCGCAGGGCGCCACGCCUGUUGAUGCGGAGCUCCAACUGCUCAGUCCGUCGCCGAGCACUUUGAGCAGCGGCCAGGUGAUGAGCUUGGCCAGCGCCAGCGCCACGAGCAGUCCAACCGGCAGGGGCGGCUUUGCGGCGCGCAGGAACAAGAAGCCGGCACCUAUCCUCCUGUCGCCGCCAUCUACGCACGCGCAGCACAGCGGCAGCUCCCACAGAGGCCACAGCAAUGUCAUUGGCGGCCACAACAGCGAUGCUUUUAGCUUACUGAACGCAACGAAGAGUGCGCCCAACUCACCAUCUUUCCACCAAUACAAAGGGUCGAGUACCACUGGUGCUGACGGUGAGGAUGGCGAGGAGGAUCAAGCAGGUACCGUGCAAGCUAGGAAGGAGCUUGCUAGCACCCUUCGGGGCGCACCGCGGAAACGCCCCAGUUUGAUCUUUUCGCAACGACAAUCACAAGUCAUCGCCAGCGCCGUACCCGUGGCAAGCAACAAUCUGCCUGCCGCAUGGCGCGACCCCUCUGAACAUAUCCUGACGGGCGCCGGAAGCACGCUGCAGCACGCGCGCAGCGUCUACGCCGCUGGCCCCAUCGAGGUGCUCCCCGGCGUCUUCCUCGGGGACGAGCACAAUGCCUGCGAUGAGGAGAUGCUCAUGCAGCUCGGCAUCACCACCAUCCUCAACGUCGCUAAGGAAACCGUGCUGCCUUUUCAGUUCAAUGACACUGCUACGCCGCUGCUCCGCGGGCCCGGGCCGCAUAUCUCGCUCCCAUCGCCUGCGUCACCGACAGAAUCGGGUCGGCAGGGAAUACACACUCAACCCCCGGCCGGGCUGAGUGUACAUACCAGCUCGGAGAUGCUGCUCUCUGCGUGCAGCCCGCAGUUGCUUUUUCUGCCCAACUCUUCCGGCGCAGAGAGCAGCACCAGCAGCUCCGGUGGGCGCAGUCCGCUCCGGCCGCACACCUCCACGCCGAACCUCAAGCGCGCAUACAAGGAGGUAACGGCGACACCAACUGUCGCGGUGAACGAGGUUGAAACGGCUCCAUCGCCCUCCUCAGAUGAUGGAUUCACUGAUACCGAUCCGGCCUCGUCUGAUGAACCAGAGCGUAGGCGCUCUGGUACGCGUACAAGUGCAGAUGCGGAUGCUUCGUCUUCCUCGACGCCUGAGCCCACGGCGGAGAUAGACGUGGAGAUGGAGGACUGUGGAUCUGAUGAAGGGGAUAUGUUAGCGCUUAACUCGCGGCAUCCAUCGUUACCGUAUAGCGGCAGCGCCAGGCCUCACUCGGCUAUUAUGGACCUCCCUCCCAGCUCGACCGUGCUGUAUAUCCCCGGCAGCGAAGAAACAGGCGAUCCCGAUGGCCGCGUGAACGCGCUGCGGUACAUUAAGUUUCCAUGGACCCACGACGAGGUCGACCUCGCGAGCAAGGAUGGCGGAUUCCGACACGGCUGCGCCGUCAUCGCCGAAGCCCUCGGCCUCGCCGUCGAUGCGCGCGGCCUGCUGCUCCCCGGCUUGGGUGGCGGAGCAGCAGCGCAGCAGCCGAGUGGCUCUGGCGGCAAAGUGCUCGUGCACUGCCAAUGCGGCGUCAGCAGGAGCGCAACGCUCGUCAUCGCUUUCGUCAUGCAAGCUGCAGCGCUAGGGUACGGUUUUGAGGCGACAAAGACGUUGCAGGGGAUGCAUGAUUGCUACAAUCUAGUGAAAGAGGCGUCUUCGAGCAUUUCACCCAACUGCAGCCUGAUAUAUCAGCUGGUCGAAUGGGAGCGCGUCCUUUCUGUGCAAGCGCAAAAGCUUCGCAGCCGCGACAUCUCGGGCCCUCACUCGCAGGGUCAGCGCUCGGUCGGGAUGCCCAACUCUGGUGGCUGGACCGCUGAUGUCAUGGGUGAGGAAGAGUGGCUGCGCAUGCGCGCAGAAGAGGAACGCAAAGAGGCAGAAGAGGCCCUCGCAAAGGAGGAGCGAGCUCAGGCAAAGCUGAAAGGGAUCCCGGCAAAAGAAGAGAAGGCGAAGAAAGAGACGUCAACCUCCUCCUCUACUUCACAACCACUAGCGCCACCUUCUCCAUUACCACUGCAGCAAGAAAAUGUGCAGCCUUCCUCGCCUUCGUCUGCAGUGCAGAUCCUUAACCAGUUCAGCUCUUCAAAGCCGCCCCCAAAGUUGGUUGCUGCGCCACCGAAACGCAACAAGGCCCAGCCCAAGGUGCCACAACUGCUGCUGAAGGGUGGCGCACGCGCGCGCAUCGAGCAAGCCCAGUCCGGCGACAUGUCGCUCGCGCCAUUAUCGAACAUAUUGCCGCACCUCACGAUCGAUCGAAGCGAAGACGAUGACGAAGACGAAGAUGAUGAGGGUGAGGAUAACAUUGUCAAGGGCAAGGAGGUCCGCCAGCAGAUACCGCCCGCAUUGCCAAGUGCUGCACCUACCAGGCUCAACUUCGGCGGCCGCGAGCUCGUGCCACCGCUCUCUUCGCUGCCCAAGGCCGACUCCUACAUAGCCUCACAGGCCGAAAUGGUGCUGCCACCAGUGACGCCGGCACCGCCCGUCGCCACGGCGGGUCAUGAGCAUGUCUCGCAGAUCCAGCCAGUGCUGCCUGCGAUUCGGCGCAUCAAUUGCUUGGACAGCCCCAAGCCGAAGCUCAGCUCGAGCAACAGUUUUGGUGCGCAAGGGCAGAGCCUGGCUGAGCGACGGAACAAACACAAGCGGACUUUCUCGACAGACUGGCCCACAUUACCUGUGGGGAGCUUGAAAGAGUAG